GCUUCUCCCGUCCGGCGUCGGAACCCGUCACAGUCUACGCCAGCGAGGGGGAGCCUGCCAGCUUGUCGCUGCCCCUGUUCCCCAGCAGCUCCGGUACCCCGGGGCUCGACUGUGGCUGGCUGAGGCAAGACUCGGACGGGUCUUCUCACAGCCUGCAGGGGCCGGGGGUCGAGAUCGAUGAGGCCGGACUGCGGCUGACCAUCGGGACCGUCCGCCCGGAGGACCGGGGUCUCUACACGGGCUUCCUCUCCCUGGGCGGGGCCACGCUGAGGCGCACCGUUCGUCUGGAAUUAAUCCGGGUGAGGUCCAGCACCGAGGGCCCGGUCUCCCUGGGGUCCUCCCUCCGCCUGGAAGUCAUCAACAGCGGCCCGGACACCUUCGACGGGCUCUCCUGCCGCCACGAGAACGCCAGCGGGGCCGAGGAGAGCACCCCGGCCCCGGGGCAGGGGGCCUUCCUCAUCCCCCACGUCCGUCCCUCGGAUGCGGGGCUCUGGACCUGCGAGGUCUGGCAGCGAGGGAGGGCCGUGGGUUCCAUCACCUACUCUCUGGACAUGACGGAGCUGGCGAAGCAAGGCUCGUUGGGCCCGGGGCCUCAGUCGGACCGAGCUACCAUCGCGUACGCCUUCUUGGGCUUCCCGCUCCUGAUCGUGGCGGUUGUCUGUGUCAUCCUGGCCCGCUGGAAGUGCUGCCGGCGACAUUUCCCGGCCCUCGAGGUCACGUUGACCUCCGGUGAGUUGCCGCCGAAGAAGGUGUGAGCCAGCGACCACGGAGACCGCGACGGAUGCCGGGAGCACCCGUGGGUGGGUGGAUAGUGUUGGGGAGGGGGAAGGGGAACGGUGCACGGAGGUCAUGCCGGAUGAGAAGUCGGAGGUCGCCAGCGCUCCCGACCGAAGGAGGUGGUCACCUUGGCAGCGGGGCCCUGACAGUAAAUGGGAGCCUGACACCAAUGGGCUUUUACUAGCCACAGGGGCCCAAAAUAUUCCUUAGCACAGGACUGGCGAUGGUGCACCUUCCUCGACAAUGAGAUGCUGACAAUAGUUUGCUUAUCCUUAGCAAUGGGAUCCUGACACCCACAGGCCCCUCUUAGCCACAGAAGCCUGACAGCAGCGUGCCUUCCUUAGCAACGGGAUCCUGACACCCGCAGGCCCCUCUUAGCAACAGAAGCCUGACAGCAGCGUGCCUUCCUUAGCAACGGAAUCCUGACACCCGCAGGCCCCUCUUAGCAACAGAAGCCUGACAGCAGCGUGCCUUCCUUAGCAACGGGAUCCUGACACCCGCAGGCCCCUCUUAGCAACAGAAGCCUGACAGCAGCGUGCCUUCCUUAGCAACGGGAUCCUGACACCCGCAGGCCCCUCUUAGCAACAGAAGCCUGACAGCAGCGUGCCUCCCUUAGCAACGGGAUCCUGACACCCGCAGGCCCCUCUUAGCAACAGAAGCCUGACAGCAGCGUGCCUCCCUUAGCAACGGGAUCCUGACACCCGCAGGCCCCUCUUAGCAACAGAAGCCUGACAGCAGCGUGCCUCCCUUAGCAAUGGGAUCCUGACACCCGCAGGCCCCUCUUAGCAACAGAAGCCUGACAGCAGCGUGCCUCCCUUAGCAACGGGAUCCUGACACCCGCAGGCCCCUCUUAGCAACAGAAGCCUGACAGCAGCGUGCCUCCCUUAGCAUACGGGAUCCUGACACCCGCAGGCCCCUCUUAGCAACAGAAGCCUGACAGCAGCGUGCCUCCCUUAGCAACGGGACCCUGACAUCAGUAGGCCUUCCUUCACCCCUGGGCCACACCGUGAGACUCCCUUGGCAAUGGCCCUCGCUGAAGUAAGAUCUUGCCAAAAAUCAGACAUGGUGGCUCUCCCCUGAGCAACAGGUACCACCGUCCCAUGUCAACGGUAGCCGAAACUGCCUCCACCAAAGGCCUCCCACCACACACACACUCUCCGUAGCAACAGCCAUUUUGUGCUGUCAGCCCACUUCCUGUCAACAGGACGUUGCCAUGGCGACCACACCCUGUCUCCACAGCGACCGCAUCCUGUCAAGGACGAGAUGGGGCCUCUGUUCCCCAACGGCCCAUUCCGCCGCAGGUCUCCGUGGCAACGGGGGCCACAAAGACACUGUUUUCCCGUCUCCGUGGCGCCUGCCCCAGGCCUGCGUGAAUCCCCCCCCCCACCGUGGCGACUGGCCUCCCCCUCAACACUCAACCACCCCAGCAACAGGGGUCACCCCGGGCGGCCCUCCUCCACGCCUGCACCAGCGGCGAGCGACCCCCUCCGUGACGCGGCGACAAAAGCUUCCCGUCACAGGGCCCAACGGGGGCGUCCGCGAACCCCCCCUCUUCCCCGGCCCGACCUGGGAACCUGGGCCAAAACUCUCUGAAAGCAGACAGCAUUAUCGCCAAUCACAGAGUUAAUAUAUCCAGUGUAUUUAUAUCUCUACUUAAAUGUUUUAUAUUGAAGCUUACAGCCAGGAUUGUAAACUAAGCGCGCACU